AUCAUGCACUGCAGCGUCUGUGUUGCAGUGUUGAGGCAGCAGGAUGCAGAGUGCUGUUCCAGUUUUCCAGAGGGGUCCCAGAACGGGACAACUUUGAAAGAUAGCUAGCUUCUAAAGCAUAAGAAAUAGACAGAGUUACUGUACCUGACUUGGGGCUGCUCUUAAUCAAGUGCUGCGUUGCAAGGAAGAUAAUAUUCGAGCGUUAUGAAGGCGGAGAAGGAUCCUGAAGAAGAAGAAAAUAUCGUUAGAGAUCCAAGCUAAGUGUAGCACAGCAUGUGAGGGACUGAGUCACUUGUUAGGAGUUUGUUUGAGGGUUUUCUUUGUUAGCUACAGAGAUUUGUAACUUAAUGCAAAGUGGUUUGCCGUUAGCAACAAGAAACUAAAUCCUGUCUAUGAUGAACUGUUGGUUUUCUUGUGCUCCUAAGAGCAGACAUGCAACAGAUUGGAAUAAAUAUGAUGACCGAUUGAUGAAAGCAGCAGAAAGGGGGGAUGUAGAAAAAGUGUCCUCAAUCCUUGCUAAAAAGGGGGUCAAUCCAGGCAAACUAGAUGUGGAAGGCAGAUCUGUCUUCCAUGUUGUGGCCUCAAAGGGGAAUCUUGAGUGUUUGAAUGCCAUCCUUAUACAUGGAGUUGAUAUUACAACCAGUGACACUGCAGGGAGAAAUGCUCUUCACCUGGCUGCUAAGUAUGGACAUGCGUUGUGUCUGCAAAAACUUCUACAGUACAACUGUCCCACUGAACAUGCAGACUUGCAGGGGAGAACUGCACUUCACGAUGCAGCAAUGGCAGAUUGUCCUUCUAGCAUACAGCUGCUUUGUGACCAUGGGGCCUCUGUGAAUGCCAAAGAUGUAGAUGGGCGGACACCACUUGUUCUGGCUACUCAGAUGUGUAGGCCAACAAUAUGUCAACUGCUGAUAGAUAGAGGAGCGGAUGUUAAUUCCAGAGACAAACAAAACAGAACUGCCCUCAUGCUAGGUUGCGAGUAUGGUUGCAGAGAUGCAGUAGAAGUCUUAAUUAAAAAUGGUGCUGAUUUAAGCUUGCUGGAUGCCCUUGGCCAUGAUAGUUCUUACUAUGCAAGAAUUGGUGACAAUCUGGACAUUCUAACCUUGUUGAAGACUGCAUCGGAAAAUACCAACAAAGGGAGAGAACUUUGGAAGAAAGGACCAUCUUUGCAACAGCGAAAUUUGACACACAUGCAAGAUGAAGUAAAUGUGAAGUCAUAUCAGAGGGAGCAUCAAAAUAUUCAGGGUUUGGAGAUUGAAAAUGAAGAUUUGAAAGAGAGGUUGAGAAAAAUGCAGCAAGAACAAAGAAUACUUUUGGAUAAAGUCAAUGGUUUACAGUUACAACUGAAUGAGGAAGUUAUGGUUGCUGAUGAUCUGGAAAGUGAGAGAGAAAAGCUGAAGUCCCUUUUGGCAGUUAAAGAAAAGCAACAUGAAGAAAGCUUAAGAACGAUUGAGGCUCUGAAAAAUAGAUUUAAAUAUUUUGAGAGUGAUCAUUUAGGAUCAGGAAGUCAUUUCAGUAACCGAAAAGAAGAUAUGCUUCUUAAACAGGGUCAGAUGUAUAUGGCAGACUCACAGUGUACUUCCCCAGGUAUACCAGCCCAUGUGCAAAGCAGAUCUAUGUUAAGACCUCUGGAGCUAUCUUUAUCCAGUCCAACAUCAUACUCUGAAAAUGAAAUUUUAAGGAAAGAGUUAGACACAAUGCGAACUUUCUGUGAGUCAGCAAAACAAGACCGACUGAAGCUCCAAAAUGAACUGGCACACAAAGUGGCAGAAUGCAAAGCAUUAGCGUUAGAAUGUGAAAGGGUCAAGGAGGAUUCAGAUGAACAGAUAAAGCAAUUAGAAGAUGCAUUAAAAGAUGUACAGAAGAGGAUGUAUGAAUCAGAAGGUAAAGUUAAACAAAUGCAGACCCACUUUCUUGCCCUUAAAGAACACUUAACAAGUGAAGCAGCUACAGGGAAUCACAGACUAACCGAGGAACUAAAGGAUCAGUUGAAAGACAUGAAAGCAAAAUAUGAAGGUGCUUCAGCAGAAGUGGGGAAAUUAAGAAACCAAAUCAAACAAAAUGAGAUGAUAGUAGAAGAGUUUAAGAGGGAUGAAGGCAAGCUGAUAGAAGAAAAUAAGCGAUUGCAGAAGGAACUCAGUAUGUGUGAAAUGGAGCGAGAGAAGAAAGGAAGAAAGGUCGCAGAGAUGGAAGGCCAGGCAAAAGAAUUGUUAGCAAAGUUGGCCCUUUCCAUUCCAGCUGAAAAAUUUGAAAACAUGAAGAGCUCAUUAUCAAAUGAAGUGAAUGAGAAAGCAAAAAAAUUAGCAGACAUGGAAAGAGAAUAUGAAAAAUCACUUAGUGAAAUUAGACAGUUAAAGAGAGAACUUGAGAAUGCUAAGGCUAAGCUUGCUCAGCAUGUCAAACUGGAGGAACAUGAACAGGUUAAGAGCAGAUUAGAGCAGAAAUCAGGAGAACUUGGGAAGAAGAUCACCGAGUUGACAUUGAAAAAUCAGAUACUACAAAAGGAAAUUGAAAAAGUUUAUCUGGAUAAUAAGCUCCUUAAGGAGCAAGCACAUAACUUAACAAUUGAAAUGAAAAAUCAUUAUGUUCCUUUAAAACUAAAUGAAGAUAUGAAAAAGUCACAUAAUGCAAUUAUUGAUGAUCUUAAUAGAAAGCUUUUAGAUGUAACACAAAAAUAUACAGAAAAGAAAUUGGAAAUGGAGAAAUUGCUACUGGAAAAUGACAGCUUAAGUAAGAAUGUGAGUCGCCUAGAAACUGUGUUUGUACCUCCUGAGAAACAUGAAAAAGAGGUAACAGCUCUGAAAUCCAAUAUUGUCGAAGUUAAGAAACAGCUGUCUGAACUUAAGAAAAAAUGUGGCGAAGACCAGGAGAAAAUACAUGCUCUCAUGUCUGAAAACACUAACUUGAAGAAGAUGAUGAAUAAUCAGUAUGUGCCAGUUAAAACCCAUGAAGAAAUUAAAACAACACUGAAUAACACGUUAGAUAAAACUAACAGAGAAUUAUUAGAUAUGAAGAAAAAAUAUGAAGAUAUAAAUCAGGAAUUUAUAAAACUAAAAGAUAAGAAUGAAAUAUUAAAAAGAAACCUGGAAAACACUCAGAACCAAAUAAAAGCUGAGUACAUCAGCCUGGCAGAGCACAAGGCAAAGAUGAGCUCACUAAGUCAGGGCAUGAGAAAGGUGCAGGAUAGUAAUGCUGAAAUCCUGGCCAACUACAGAAAAGGCCAAGAAGAGAUUGUGACACUGCAUGCCGAAAUUAAAGCCCAGAAGAAGGAGCUCGACACAAUACAAGAAUGCAUUAAAGUAAAAUAUGCACCAAUUGUCAGCUUUGAGGAGUGUGAGAGAAAAUUUAAAGCAACAGAGAAAGAACUAAAAGAUCAGUUAUCAGAGCAGACACAGAAGUAUAGUGUCAGUGAAGAAGAAGCCAAGAAAAACAAGCAAGAGAAUGACAAGUUAAAGAAGGAGAUUUUUACCCUUCAGAAAGAUUUGAGGGAUAAGACGGUUCUCAUUGAGAAGUCUCAUGAAAUGGAAAGAGCAUUAAGCAGAAAAACAGAAGAGCUAAACAAACAGUUAAAAGACUUGUCACAGAAAUACACAGAAGUAAAGAAUGUGAAAGAGAAGCUAGCAGAAGAAAAUGCCAAACAGGCUUCUGAGAUACUUGCAGUGCAAAAUCUUUUGCAAAAGCAACAUGUCCCAUUGGAACAGGUUGAGGCUCUGAAAAAAUCUCUUAAUGGCACAAUUGAGAAUCUAAAGGAAGAACUGAAGAACAUGCACAGGUGUUAUGAGAAAGAGCAGCAGACAGUGACCAAACUGCAUCAGUUGUUGGAGAAUCAAAAGAACUCUUCUGUGCCCCUGGCAGAGCAUUUACAGAUUAAAGAAGCAUUUGAGAAAGAAGUUGGAAUCAUAAAAGCUAGCUUGAAAGAAAAGGAAGAAGAAAGCCAAAACAAAAUGGAAGAAGUCUCCAAACUUCAGUCUGAGGUUCAGAAUACUAAACAAGCAUUAAAAAAGUUAGAGACUAGAGAGGUAGUUGAUUUGUCUAAAUAUAAAGCAACAAAAAGCGAUUUGGAGACACAGAUUUCCAGCUUAAAUGAAAAAUUGGCCAAUCUGAAUAGAAAGUAUGAGGAAGUAUGUGAGGAAGUUUUGCAUGCCAAAAAGAAGGAAAUAUCUGCAAAAGAUGAGAAGGAAUUGCUACAUUUCAGCAUUGAACAAGAAAUCAAGGAUCAGAAGGAACGAUGUGAUAAGUCCUUAACAACAAUCACAGAGUUACAAAGAAGAAUACAAGAAUCUGCUAAACAAAUAGAAGCAAAAGAUAAUAAGAUAACUGAAUUGCUUAAUGAUGUGGAAAGACUAAAACAGGCACUCAAUGGCCUUUCCCAGCUCACCUACACAAGUGGGAACCCCACCAAGAGACAGAGCCAGCUGAUUGACACUCUGCAACACCAAGUGAAAUCUCUGCAGCAACAGCUGGCUGAUGCUGACAGACAGCACCAAGAAGUAAUUGCAAUUUAUCGGACACACCUUCUUAGUGCUGCACAGGGUCACAUGGAUGAAGAUGUUCAGGCGGCUCUGCUCCAGAUCAUACAAAUGCGGCAGGGGCUUGUGUGCUAGCAGUUAGCACUGGCUGCCAGUAUCUGUUUUAUCUUGCUGGUGCUGAACAUUCUUUGUACAACUCCAUGGUCUUUCUGGGCCGUACUGUGCUGGUAUAAUUAAAAUAAAAUAUAUUUUGUUCCAUCGGUA